AACUCGUAAAACCCCUCUACAGACUACUCUCUACUCGCUCUCUCUCUCUCUCUCUCUCUCUCUCUCUCUCUCUCUCUCUCUCUGCUAUGAUGCUCGCCUUCUCAAGCACAAGUUGUUGGCAAGCCAAAUCAAUUCUGCCUUCCUAUCCCUACCCAAAGUCACACAACCCCUCUCAACCUCUACUCGUAAAACCCUCUUUCUUCUCACCGCCCAAAACCCACAUUCCCAAACGCCUUUCUGUUCGAUCUCUCGACGCAGCACAACCAUACGACUACGAAUCCCACCUCUCCUCCACCUUCGACAAGGCCACCAAGCUCAAAAUUGCUAUCAUUGGGUUCGGCAACUUCGGUCAAUUCCUCGCCACAACUCUCGUCCGUCAAGGCCACACCAUCCUCGCCCACUCGCGAUCCGAUUACUCCGACGUUGCCCAGAAGCUUAACGUCACAUUCUACGACAACCCACAUGAUCUCUGCGAAGAGCACCCGGAGGUAGUUCUUAUUUGUACUUCAAUCAUUUCUACUGAAUCCGUUCUUAUGUCAUUGCCGGUUCAAAGACUGCGUAGGAGCACUUUAUUUGUCGAUGUCCUAUCGGUUAAAGAGUUCCCGAGAAGUCUGUUUUUGAAAAUUUUGCCGGAGGAGUUUGAUAUUCUUUGUACCCACCCAAUGUUUGGGCCAGAGAGCGGCAAGAGCGGGUGGGCGGGGCUGCCUUUUGUGUAUGACAUGGUUAGAAUUGGGAAUGAGGAAGGGAGAGUGAGCCGGUGCGAGCGGUUCUUGAACAUAUUUGAACGGGAGGGGUGUCGAAUGGUGGAGAUGUCGUGUGCUGAGCAUGAUCGCUAUGCGGGUUGGUCGCAGUUUAUAACACAUACAAUGGGGAGGGUGUUGGAGAAGUUUGGGUUGGAGUCAACACCAAUUAAUACAAAGGGGUAUGAGACAUUGUUGGAUUUGGUGGAGAAUACUGCUGGUGACAGCUUUGAUUUGUAUUAUGGAUUGUUUAUGUAUAAUAAGACUGCACUGGAGCAGCUGGAGAGGUUGGAUAAGGCUUUUGAAUCAAUUAAGAAAGAGCUUUUUGGGCAACUUCAUGGUGUUUAUAGGAAGCAGUUGUUUGGGAGUUCAGUGGAGGAUUCAGAAGUUCCCAAGGAGAAACCUGUGUUUCAAAAAUUGCUUCAAAAUGGUGCUGCUGUGGAUUCUCCAUUGGAUAGUACUGUUAGAUAAAGUUCUUAAGUAAAGACACUCUCUGUCUGUCACAGGCGUACUGAUUUUAAUUAUCUUUUUUCUGGAACUAAAUUGAUUGUGGAAUGUAUUUAGUAGAAAGAUUUCAAGUAUGGAGUGCUGCAGAGGAUUCUCUUAUCAUGUGGACUGGCAAAUUGAGUCACCUAAAUUAUGAGUGAGGUUGACAUGACUGGGUCAAGAGCAGGAUAGAGCGAUUGUGUACCAAUGAACAAUGUUUCAUCCAAGAAUUCAUUGGGAUUGCCAAGAUCAAUGACAUUGUGAUCCGAGGUUAUGAUUUUACUGAAAUUGUGAUUCGGGUUUUGUGGUUGUAAUAAUAAGCAAUAUGAUAGAAAUGAUCUGCAGGAUUUGUAAAAUCUCGGGCUCUGUAAGGAAGUGAGAGAAAUGAUUGAAGGUGGGAGGUUGAGAAAAAAGGCAAUCAGAGAAAGUUUGACUGCAAUCUCAAGAAGUGGAAGCAAUGGAUUUUUAGCAAAAUUGGAAAGGGAAAUUAUGUCCUGGAAUGGGACCUCAGAGAGAUUCUCAUUAUGAUGGUUUUUAACAAGCUAUUCAAUUAUUUUGGAGAAAGCUGGGUUUGUCCAAGGACAGUGGAGGAGAUUUUGGCAAUAUCUUUUGUUGGGUUUGGGAAGAAGUUAUCAUAAUUGCUGGUAUGGGAGAAAAGUCAUUUUAUGGCUUCUCUAUGGUGUGGGCAAUGGAAACUUCAAAGGACUGCGUUUUUCAGAUUUGAGUCUCUCCGAUCACAAUCAAAGCCGGACGGAACUCUCACAGAAAUCGCAGAAGCAGACUGUGACACUGCAGCACAGUAUUUUUCCAGGAAAUUACUGUUGUUGCCCCAGAGUUCUGAACACUAUUUUUCCAAAAUCAGCAAUACCUCAUCACCAGCAGAAACAGAAACCCCUGAAUCUCCCGCAAAUUUUAUCACUUGCUGACCAGGCAUCAAGUCCUGUGUGCUGGCCAAACAUCUCCUUGCUGCCACUUCUCUGGUUUUCCAUCUUUUCUGAAGUCAUUUUUACACCACCACCACCAAAAGGCUCACCAUCCCCUGAUCUGUCAGCUGCUGGAAGGCUACACUGGAGGCUUAGGCACCUUAUGUGCCUGCGACACAUGUGACUGACUUCCGGAACUUGACUUAUUGACUUGCAGUAUAAAUGGAGUUCCUUUGGAUGCUUGCUGUGUUUGCAAAUGUGUCAGUUGGAUAAACUAAUAGAUGAAAGGCAUGUUUACCUCCAUUUGGUCAGCCAUGAGAACUAGGAGAGCAUGAGAAAUAAUGGGAACUGUGAACCAAUGGUCACUUCUGAGGACUUGAAGGCCUUCGACUUUGUCGUCUUGUAAGAUAACAGUGAAUCCUGAACCAUCUGCAUGGGCUUUCAAGCCAAGAACAAGAUCAGGCCUCUGACUACAGGAGUAAUAGUUAAACCUUGCUUGCAGCAGUCUUCCCUCCCCAAACUGAUUCAAGAAGCAAUUUUCAUCUAAGUUCAAUGACUUUGCCAUGGCCUUAGAAACGAGGUUAGUUACCAUUUUCAUCUUUUCAGUGUAAUCUUCCAGGAGAGUUCUGCAGGAUAGUAUAAAUAUAUCCCUUGAGUUCUAUAAUCAACUCAUCGAGAAGAAUAUGAAACUGAAAUGCUAUGUAUGAUUUGUUAUAUCCACCAGCCUCAUGUUCUUGUUGGUUAGCUUACUCCACUAACUAGACUAGUCAUUGUUUUAGAUGAUUAUGAGGGUAACUAUUGUGCUUGUGUUGAAAAUAUUUUCUGCUGUUGUUUUUGAAGCUGUGCGGUACCUGUGAUGCUAACAGCUAAGUAUAAUGGUCAUAUGUCCACAGUUAAUUGUUCUGAGAAUUUACCAUGUCAACGGGAUAUUAGCUGGCAUGAAAAGGGGUAGGGUAGACCUAAAAUAACUUAGAAUGAGAUAGCGAGGAAGGAUUUAAUAGCCCUUAAUCUAAUAGAGGAAAUUGCUUUGGAUUGGGUGAAUUGACGGAAAAGGAUUGAUGUAGCCGCCCCACCUAGUGGGACUAGAGGCUUCUUGUUAUUGUUGUGGUUGUAAUUUACCAUGUCAACAAUUAGUGUAAAUAUUGAUAUGAUGAGUAUAAAUAUAUAUGGCCAAUGUGAGCACAUUAUUGAUAAUAUCUUGAUGAAUUUUUUCCAAUAGUUAAUUACUGAAAUAAUUUUAUGGAAUAAUCUAAGGCAGUGUUUGGCAGCAUGGAUUUUGGUGUUUGGAUUUGAAUUUAUGUGGAUUUGGAAGAAAUUCAAUAUAAUUUUACAGUAUGUUUUGUCCAAAUCCACACAAAUUCAAUCCAAUUUUUGAAUUGGAUGCUCCCAACCGUAAGGUAAAAGAGUUUUAGUUUGCUGGGAAAUGUUUUUUUUUUUUUCUAGUUUUAGAAUGCCUUUCUAACAUUUUGAAAAGGCAGAAGAACCUGAAACACUCUGGGUUUUCUGGCCAAAAUUUAAGUUUUCUUCGAUCUUCUGGGUGUACAUCAAGAAAUAAGCGAUCUGACCAGUCAAGAGGCUGUCCUUCUGCUGGGGUCGGGUCAGCCCCAUAGCCUUCAAAUUCCUCAACAGUUUUAGAUUUCUUCUUUUUCUCUGCCAUUGGUUGUUCAAAGAACUCCCUUGUGACUCUUCGGAUCUUAUCUAAGAAUGAACUUGGAAUCCCAUGACCUAUUGCCUGAAAAUUUUGGAAUUCAUUAAAUUUUGUGUAAAGAGUUACAAAUAUAUCAAAUUAGCAGCAGCAUAUAAAAAAAUUUGAGUUAAAUCAUCUCGAAGAGGAGAUUUGCCAAUCCUCUGAUUCUUUUGUGCUUAUUCCUGUUACUGGUUAUUAAUUUUUACUGGGAAAAGCUUACUUUCUUGGUUGAGGAACUAAAAUUUUCAUGUUCUGAAAUUCCCUUAACAUUUUAGUCAGUGUCACAUGCAAUACAGAGAUAGAGUACUAGUGGUAAGGACUGUGUACUGGUGAGGCCAGAGUGGUUUUGAGGGUAUGUGUAGGUUUCAAAUCUUAUAAAGUAGUAGUAUUAACUUCAAAAAAUUGUUUGCAAGUUGAGGAAACCUGAAAGCAGCCCCAUGAGCACAGAGCUGAUCUAAGUUUCUGUAGUUCUUCUUCUUCCUUUUCUUCUUUUUCAGGGCAUGGUGUCAAAGAUGAGAUGAGGCUCAGAUCAAUGAUGGGAAUUGGCGACAAAGAAGAGGGCACUUCUUCAACAUCACCGCCAUCUCUGCAUAUAUAUGGUGCUGGUGGAUCUUCACCGUUGAGGACCAUUUCUUGGACGCGCUUCGAUAGCAGUACCUCUGCUGGGAGACCAGAAAUUCCGGCCAUGCUGUCCACUGUUUGUUGAGAAUGAAAAUCUCUAAUGCUAUGUACUGGAUCAAUAUCACCAGAGAUAAGUUCAUGAUGGUAGUUUUUUUGGAAUCUUGGGGUGCUUAUAGCUGUAUGUAAAUUGAUUGACUGGCCAUAUCCGUGAUAAUUCCAUCUCUUUUGUCAAA